CUUCGCGACUCUCGUCCUCGACGACGAGGUGGACGCGAGGCGCGUCGUCGCGCGAGUCUUCUCCACGAGGAUGGAGCAGCUCGCCCAGUUCGUCUCCAAGAGUUUCAACAACGCGAGCCUGACCGCCAGCGACGGACACGUUUGCAGGAACGCUGAACGACCACCCUCCGCGAGAAUUACCCUCAGUGUCGCACAUUUGCUAGGAGAUCCUGCGGAGAACGAUUCCAAUGUCGGCGCGAGUACACGCGAAUCCGCUCAGGAAUCAAGCGUGGACGCGAGCAGCGUGGACGAGCCGCCGUCGCCGGAAGCACGUCUGCAACCGGAAGACCUCUCCGUCGCUACCAAGACCAAAGAGAUCAAAGACACCACCGACAGUCUGCCGCCUCUGAAAACACCAGAAUUGAAACUAUCAGUGAGGAAAUUAUUAGGAUGCAGUCCAUCGCCGCCUCCGAUAUCCAGAGACAGAUCGGCCAGUCCGGAAAACUGCGGGGAAUUAAAAAAUCAGAGCUCGAACGAGGUGAAAUCGUCGCCCGAACUGAAACUUCCAUCGCAAGCAUCGAGAUCCUUGGUACAGAAUCAGGAAGAAUCAUCGAAAGGUUCGAACUGUCGGAACAACGGAAACGGGAACGGCAAACAGAGAAGAUCCCGAACGAAUUUCACUUUGGAACAGUUGGCCGAACUGGAGAGGUUGUUCGACGAGACUCAUUAUCCCGACGCGUUCAUGAGAGAGGAAUUAAGCCAGAGACUCGGUCUGAGCGAGGCGAGGGUUCAGGUGUGGUUCCAGAACCGACGGGCAAAGUGUCGCAAGCACGAGAGUCAAUUGCACAAAGGGGUAGCAGGUGGAAUGGUGCUGGCACCGCGCAGCCCUCCGACCAGCUUGGAACCCUGUCGGGUGGCGCCGUACCUGCCAGCUCUGAGGCUUCACCCCCCGAUGCAGGGUGCCGGGGGUAACGUGACCGCAGCAGGUUCCGCCUUCGACCCAGCGGUUCUUCAUUACGCGGCCGCCGGAGGACUGUUCUGUCUUCCUCCACCUCCGCCGCCGCCGAGCUCCGCUCAUCCGCACCCUCAUCCCCUGAGCCUGGCGGCUUCCCUGGCCGCGGCCGCGGCUCGAUCAAAGAACAGCAGCAUCGCCGACCUCAGGCUGAAGGCGAGACGACACCAGGAAGCUCUGGGACUGGACAGGCCUGCGUAAGAACCACAGUGAAAUACAUUUUGUGCCGCGGACU